UUGCAUAUAACGGCACUAGCGAACGGCAAAACUGCGCAUAAUUUCCACAGCGAGUAGACAAGUCCUCAUAUUCGCCCCCUUUUUAACUCAUUUAUGCGCAUGCGCAAUGAAUGAGUUAUUGCGAUAUGGGCUUUCGCGUGGACUGUAGACUGUGGACACAGACGAGGGGGAUUGGGCAUGAAUACAUCGCCAUAUUGGAUUUGCUCAACCCGAGAAGGUAUACAUUCAUAUGCUUUAUCGUCAUAUUUUGAACUACUUACGCUCCCAACAAAACAACACAUACACCGAGUCGAUAGGCCCACUCACUAAAUCUGUUCUGAGCGUUUUUGGCCGGGCUAUUCAUAUUAAUCUCAUCAAGAGAACCUGUGACUUCAGGUUACCGCUCAAAUUUGCUAAAAACUGCUGAAAAACACUUCAAACUACUAAAAAUAUACAUAAUAUAUGUAAUAUUAUUGACUCUUUGAGAUGGCUCUCGGUUAUAUCCGCUUUCUUAUUAGCAAUAUUACGAAGUCCUUGAAGGCGAAGUUUUACUUAAUUGUUGAUAAGAUGUCUUAGUUGUUUUGUCAGCUCUUGCAACAGCCAAGAGAGUUGAAUAAAUCUGAACAACAGAUUACCCACGAGGAAGCUAACGUAACAGCCGAUGCGCCAUUAGAUAACCAUGAUGAAAAGGAAAGCUGUCAAACAACUCUGCAGGAAGUGUAAAACGAAGGGAAAGAAGUACACAGCUGGUGAACUCAAGACAGAGGAUUAUAUUAAUAAGCUGAUACAUCUUAUGAAGGUUUUAGAGUUUUAAAAAAUGUAAUGGGAAGUCCAGCUUAUUUUCAGCGAUUUUAAAAAUACCUUUUUGCCAUGAUUCGCCAGCUCGGGAACCAUACAUGGUUUUGCUCUUUCUCAGCUGCAGAAACAAGCUGGACACAUUUGUUGAAAACUCUUGGUAGGAUAGUUGAGAAAUAAAGAAUACUCUGAUAAUGACAUAGAUAACAUGACUUGGCAAAAAAAGUCCAAUCUUAUCCAAAAUGAUCCAGUAACUUGUGCAAGAAACUUUGAUCAUAUGGUUCAGCUAUUUAUAUCUAAUGUUUUAAAGAGUGAUGCAAUGCCUAUAGGAGAGAUAUCUGACUAUUUUUAUAGAGUUGAGUUUCAACAAAGAGGAAGUCCCCAUAUUCAUGGUUUAUUUUGGGUUAAAGAUGCACCACAGUAUGGUAAAAAUUGUGACGAUGAAGUUGUCAGUUUUGUCAAUAAGUAUGUGACUUGUAGGAAGGCUGAAAGUAGUGAAGAAAUGGAAGACAUAUUGUAAAUUUGCAAAUGCACAGGCAUGCAAAAAUAUGUAAAAAGAAUGGAAGCAAUGUUUGAAGGUUCAAUUUCCCUUCACCACCAAUGAAACAAACUAUGAUUUUAACGCCUCUUGAAGAAUAUGAAACUUAUGAUGAUAAAAGACAGAAACAGAUUAAAGAGAAUGCAGAAAAUAUUAGGGAACAACUCAGCAGUAUGAAAUAUGGUGAAAACAUAAGUUUUCAUCAAUUCUUAGGUAAAAUACAAUUAACAGAGGAGAAUUAUCUCUUGGCUCUGAGGUACACACUGAAGCGUACUACUCUGUUUUUAAGACGACUGCCCUCAGAAAUAAGAAUGAAUAAUUACAACACCCAUUUGCUUCAAGCAUGGAGAGCAAAUAUGGAUAUGCAAUAUGUUCUAGACCCAUAUGCUUGUGCAACAUAUAUCUUGUCUUAUAUCACUAAAGGCCAAAGAGGAAUGAGCAAACUUCUUGAAAAAGGAACUGAGGAAGUCAAGUCUGGUAACAGAGAUAAUUGCAAAUAAAGUACGGCACAUUGGAAACAAAGUUUUUAAAUGUUGUUGAAAUAAGUGCUCAAGAGGCAGCAUAUUUAGUUUUACAAAUGCCAAUGAGGAGAUCUACUCGUGAAUUUCAAUUCAUUAAUACUUCACAUCCAGAUGAAAGGACAUUUUUGCUAAAGAAAUUUGACAAGCUAAAAGAACUUCCAGAUAAUUUACCUGACAUUGAGUCAGAUAACCUUAUCAAGCGUUACCAAAGAAGACCCAAGAAGUCAGAGAAACUUUGCCUGGCUGAAUUUGCUGCCUGGUUUAACUGUGUAAGUGAUAAGCAUGCAGACAGUGCUAGUGAUAAAGCUUUUGCUACGGGCCCAGAUGGCUUUAUGCCAGAAACUAACUUGGAAGACAACACUGAUGAUGACGUCCCAAUUACUGAAGAUGUAAAUGAACAAGAAAGUGAUACAAAUCAGUACCACAUGAGAGGAGGCAUAAACCUUAUCAAGCGUAAGAGACCUAAAAUCAUUCGCUCUGUUAGAUUCAAUAGAGAGAAAGACCCAGAAAACUUUUUCACAGAGCAACUUAUGCUUUUCACCCCUUGGAGAAAGGAGGACAUUGAUUUGCAAGGAGAUUCACAAAGUUUCGAAGAGAGAUUUGAGCAGCUGAGCGAUAGCAUUUUGUGUAACCGGGAGCCAUAUGAGUAUCACAGUGAAAUGCUAGAUAAAGCACUGGCAGAUAUAAUUGUUGAGCAAGGUGAUAAUAUUGGUGACAAUGUUGCUCCAAAUUCAGAAAAUAUUAAUGAACAAGAUCGUGCAAUAAAAGAAAAGCCAAGUGAACUGUUUGGCUGCUUUGACCCAGGCAAAAAUAAGCAACACAACCAGUAUGACUUGCUUGAUGACAUUGGCAUAUUUCCUAGAUGUAAUGACCAGGAGGAGCUUGUUGUAAAACGAGUGUCAGAUUUUUAAUACCGUGCACUUGUUCGUUCAUUAAAUGAGAAACAAAGGCAAUUCUUUUAUCAUUUCUUGCACGCAAUCAAAACUAGUGAUGAGCCACUCAGAUUAUUCUUGUCAGGCAGAGCAGGUGUCGGUAAAUCAACAGUUACAAAUGCAUUGUAUGAAGCACUGAUAAGAUACCUGAACAGCAUUGUUGGUGAGAAUCCUGACAAGAUUAAAGUUUUGAAAACAGCUCCCACAGGGAAAGCAGCUUUUAAUAUCAAAGGGAAUACAUUACAUGCUGCAUUCAAGAUACCUGCCAAUAAAGGCUUUGAAUACUGUGCACUUGAUAAUGACAGACUUAAUACAAUUAGAGCAAAAUUGAGGAAACUUCAUGUAUUAUUUAUUGAUGAGAUCUCGAUGGUUGGCAGUGGUAUGUUUAAUUUCCUUAAUUUGCGUUUGCAGCAGAUAAUGGGAAGCAAAGUACCAUUUGGAGGAAUAAGCUUAAUAGCUAUUGGGGAUUUGUUUCAACUAAAACCUGUGUUUGACAAAUAGAUAUUUGAAACUUCAAGCACAUGCUAUGCCACACUAGCAAGUAAUUUAUGGAAUGAUCUUUUCACUCUCUUUGAACUAACAGAGAUUAUGAGACAAAAAGAUGACAGACAUUUUGCAGACCUGCUAAAUCGUGUACGAGAAGGCAAGCAUCUGAAAAUGACAUAGACUGUUUAAAGCGAAGGCUUAUAAAGCAAAGGCCACAGGAUAACAAUUACCCAAUACAUACAAAACAUUUGUACACAACUAAUGCAUCUGUAAAUGCACUCAACAAUAUGAUAUAUACUCAAUCUGAUAGUGAUAAAGCUCAGGUCAAGACAAUAGACAUUGUAGUUGGUGACAUAUCUGAUGAUUUGAAAAAAAAAAAACAAAUAAAAGAUAGAAUUCCAGAUGACCCAACUAAAACAAUGGGUCUAUAUACACUAACCUCCAUUGCAACUGAUGCAAAAUAUGAUCUUACAGCAAAUGUGGAUGUUACUGAUGGUUUGACCAAUGGUGCAGAAUGUACCAUAAAGAACAUAGAUUACCGUAUUGAGCACUCAAACCGUCCAAGUAUAAUAUGGGUAUCUUUUCCAGAUAUUAAUAUUGGUAAACAACAA